AUGGUUUCUGAAUCGGACAAAAUCACAUACUUCAGGCUUUUCAUUCUGCCUUACUAUGUUGGAGCUUUUGUCGAUCAGUCAUUGGCUUUCAAUCGAAGAAGAGAUGACAAGGCUAAAAUCAGGCCCGAGGAUUUGGAAUUCGACCAAGAGGAUAACUCACUCACUUAUGAGACCAUUCCUGGUAUGGGUCCAGGAGCGAAGCCGCCUCCGUCAGUGUGUAGCUUGACGAGUAGCAAAUUGGAGAAUGGUCUGAUAAGUCAUCAAUAUUAUCGUGGUGGUGACAAUUAUUCAUUCGUUGCGAGAGUGACGUACUGUAGGGAUACGGUAGCUGUACGGUAUCAAUUCAGAGACUCGGCAAGCAGCGCGGAUGCCAUAACAAAAAUCUAUGCGUGCGCAACGAUGUGGCAUGAGACUACGCACGAGAUGACAUGCAUGUUGAAGAGCAUCUUCCGAAUGGAUGAAGACCAAUGUGCUCGCCGAAAUGCUCAGAAAUAUCUAAAAGUCAUCGAUCCGGACUACUACGAAUUUGAAGCUCAUGUAUUCUUUGACGACGCUUUUGAUGUGGAUGAAUUUGGUGAUCCCAUUAUCAACAAAUUUGUCCGUCAAUUUAUCGAAGUUAUCGAUCAGGCAGCAAGCGCUGUGCAUCAGACGCAGAUGCGGUUAAAACCACCAAAGAAGGUGAGGACUCCUUAUGGUGGCCGGUUACAGUAUAUCCUACCUGGAAAGAAUAAGUUGACAGUACAUCUAAAAGACAAAAAUAAGAUCAGACAUAGGAAGAGAUGGAGUCAGGUGAUGUAUCUCUACUAUCUUCUUGGAUAUAGACUAAUGAUGAAAGUGGACGAACAAUCACGCAAGGAAGUAAUCUCCGAAAACACGUUCAUCUUAACACUCGACGGUGAUGUUGACUUUACUCCUCAGUGUGUGCACUUACUUGUGGAUCUAAUGAAGAAGAAUCGGCGACUUGGAGCCGCUUGUGGACGAAUCCAUCCGAGAGGCUCUGGACUUAUGGUCUGGUACCAAAAAUUCGAGUACGCAGUAGGACAUUGGCUACAGAAGGCUACCGAACAUAUGAUUGGAUGUGUUAUGUGCUCACCUGGUUGUUUUUCAUUGUUCAGAAGCUACGCGCUCAUGGAUGACAACGUCACCAGAAAAUAUGCCUCGAAAUCAGUUGAACCACUUGACUACAUCCAAUAUGAUCAAGGUGAAGAUAGGUGGUUGUGCACGCUUCUACUACAAAGAGGAUAUAGAGUCGAGUACUGCGCAGCUUCGGAUGCUUUGACAUUCGCUCCGGAAGGAUUCAAUGAGUUUUUCAAUCAGAGAAGACGUUGGAUCCCGUCUACGAUCGCGAACAUCAUAGAUCUGCUGAAAGAUUAUAAAAAUGUUGUACGAGUGAAUGAGAGUAUAUCAAUAUGGUACAUUAUCUACCAAACAGUGAUGUUGAUCUCGUCAGUUUUGGGUCCGGGAACGAUUUUUCUUAUGGUUGUCGGUGCAAUUUCCAUUUCUUUCAAUAUCGACACCACUUGGAGUUUGCUGAUUGUAUCUAUACCUGUCGUCACGUUUUGUGUAGUGUGUCUAAUAGCAAAACCAGAAAGACAGCUACUUUUUGCACAAAUAGUCAGUGCAUUGUUCGCUAUGUUGAUGACGGCUGUGUUUGUCGGAACAUCUCUACAGAUACAGAAGGAUGGUAUUCUAUCACCACAUUCGAUUUUCUUGUUUUCUGUCAUGGGAAGUUUCGUCACUGCUGCCAUUCUUCACCCUCUCGAAUUUACCUGCAUCAUUCCUGGCAUACUGUAUUUUCUCGCCAUUCCGUCUAUGUACAUGCUGUUGCCAAUUUACUCCAUCUGUAAUCUCAACACUGUAUCCUGGGGCACUCGAGAAGAUCCGCGCCCACAAGAGAAAAAUGACCUGGCUGCUAAGAGGCGAAAGACUCAUCACAUGGACCUGGUCGAGAAUGGUGGACAAGGCGAGGUUGAUGGCGACUGGUCUCUUGGUUGUGGAAGUGCUUGUCGGCUUCUUUGUUGUCUGAAGCCGGAUAAGAUGGAAACAUCACCACAGGUCUGGCGAAUAAAUGAGAAACUGACCGAAAUUAGCAGAAAACUCGAACGUAUCGAGAGGAAGCAGCAGCCAGGACUGACGCGCAGAGCAUCCAUCAUCUCCACUGGCAACACUCCAGCCGAGCACAAACAUGCAGAAGUGGAGGAGGAAGAUCAGGUUGGUGCUCUUAUAGAUUUCAAUGUUCAAGAAGAAUCAUCCAAAUUCAGAGCCGAACUGGAAAAUAUCGAUCCGGAUGAGGAGCAUUUUUGGAUGGACGUCAUUGAUAAAUACCUUUCGCCAUUGACUUUAGACCCUAAGGAACAGGAGAGAGUUCGAGCCGCCUUGAUUGAGCUUAGGAACAAGGUUGUCUCCACCUUCUUCAUGGUCAACGUCGUGUUCAUUAUCAUCAUUCUUGUGCUGCAAUUGCAAAAAGACUGCCUUCAUAUCGAAUGGCCCAUUGGUCCCAAGUACAAUCAUACAGUGCGACCAUGUCACGGAGAUACGAAAGAGGAGAUAUGGGUGGUCACUCGACUACAACUUGAACCUCUUGGACUGGUAUUUUUGAUCUUCUUCAUGAGUAUUCUGAUUAUACAGUUCUUUGCAAUGCUUUGUCAUCGAUUCGGCACUUUGGCGCACAUCAUCGCCUCCACGGAGAAUUCAACCAAAUAUAUGCUUUCCAGAUUCUUUGCCCUAUCCAGCGAGGUGCAAGAACCAGGAUUUUCUUCGAGAGGCAGUGGACGUCGCCUUACCUUGACCAAAGGAACCAUCCGUGCUCUAGAAAAUAGAAGAGAUUCGUUGUUUGGCACAAUGGAGAAGAAAGAUCAAGUGAGUUGUGGUCGAGGAGGUAAAAUGGAAUUGUGCACUUGCACAAGCUCCUACAGUGAUUAUGAUAUCUUGUACAAGAUUUAG